GUGAUCGCCCAUUUUGGAAACGUUAUAAAAUUAAGAGAUUGGCGAAUAUCUAACAAUAUAGAUGAAGACAUAGUCGAAAACUUUUGUCCGCCAAAUAUAAACAACUUCCUUGGCAAACGCCUAUCGACCAGAAUUGUUCUAGGAAUUGGUGCACACUAUCAGGAAUUAAAGAUUCUGUUAUCCUGUCCGACGUUGUUAUUUGGAGAAUUAGUUUCGGACAACAUGACACCUCUUGCAUAUGUUGGAAUUGUGGAUGAUGAUGAAUUAAUAACGAUUCGAAGUAAUGAGAGUGUUUCUUGA